UUCAGUUGGUUUUAUAAGUUACCAAUCGUUUCUGUGUUUAACAUAUUUAUUGGUCCAUCUUGUGUUUACUGCCCCGCGCUCUAAGAGGCUCCUGGACUUGGGUUUCCCCAGGUGUAUUCCCUCCUCCUCGGUUCCGCCUUUCCCACACACUGCUUCUUCUGUUUUUACCUCGCCUUCCUCCCUAUUCGUUCCCUUCGUCCUCCGGAGUUGGCGCCUACGGCUGUUGAUUGGCUUUUCUGGACGCCCAUUGUGCCCACCCUCAUACCACGUGGCAUUCCUAGCGCUAAUUGGGCAAUUCCACUAGCUCGUUUAUCAGGAGUUGACGGUUGAUUGGCUACUCUGCGGGAGGGCUUAAGGGGGCGUGGUCAGUCGAGACCCCGCCCCCAUCCCCCCUGCUGGGCCGGGCAGGCGUUUCAGUCUCUAGCGGCCCCGGAGCUCGGUAGCGCUGCUAGCUGCCCUCUUGGUUUCUCUGGUCGGAUUGUCCUCCUGGCCCUGCCAAACAGGCGGGGGGAGCGGCCCCGACUGUGGGGCCAUGGCAGUAGCCUCCUCGUUCUUCGCCGCCGCUAGCUCCGUUGAGUCGCCGGCUUCUGCGCGGGGGACUCCCACCGCCUCCGAAGGCUAAGGAGCCGCUGCCACCACCAAGCUGUGAGGGUUACUAUGCUCCGUCUUUGCCGCCGCCUCCCCUUCUUGCCCGAGCAGGCACCCCUCUGGCUGCUCAGUCCUGCCUCAGAUGGAGUCUUGCUCUGUCGCCGAGGCUAGAGUACAGGGCCGUGAUCUUGGUUCACUGCAGCCUCUGCUUCCCAGGUUAAUACGAUUCUCCUGCUCCUCAUCCUCCUGAGUAGCUGGGAUUACAGUGUCAAACCAGAAGAGAAGUAAAAUUCAAGAAAAAUUUAUGUGUGGAGUUCCUUCUUAAAAGAAGAAAAAGGUAAUUAUUGAGACUAUGGAUCGGAGCAAACGGAAUUCAAUUGCGGGAUUUCCUCCACGUGUAGAGCGUCUUGAAGAGUUUGAAGGAGGUGGUGGAGGAGAUGGAAAUGUGAGCCAGGUCGGAAGAGUUUGGCCAUCUUCAUAUAGAGCUCUUAUAAGUGCCUUUUCCAGACUGACGCGUUUGGAUGAUUUCACCUGUGAAAAAAUAGGGUCUGGCUUCUUUUCUGAAGUGUUCAAGGUACGACACCGAGCUUCUGGUCAGGUGAUGGCUCUUAAGAUGAACACGUUGAGUAGUAACCGGGCAAACAUGCUGAAAGAAGUACAGCUCAUGAAUAGACUCUCCCAUCCCAACAUCCUUAGGUUCAUGGGUGUGUGUGUUCAUCAAGGACAACUGCAUGCACUUACAGAGUAUAUCAACUCUGGGAACCUGGAACAGUUGCUAGACAGUAACCUGCAUUUGCCUUGGACUGUGAGGGUAAAACUGGCCUAUGACAUAGCAGUGGGCCUCAGCUACCUUCACUUCAAAGGCAUUUUUCAUCGGGACCUCACAUCUAAGAACUGCCUGAUAAAGAGGGAUGAGAAUGGUUACUCUGCAGUGGUAGCUGACUUUGGCCUGGCUGAGAAGAUUCCCGAUGUCAGCAUGGGGAGUGAGAAGCUGGCCGUGGUGGGCUCCCCAUUCUGGAUGGCACCUGAGGUUCUCCGAGGUGAGCCCUAUAAUGAGAAGGCGGAUGUGUUCUCUUAUGGUAUCAUCCUCUGCGAGAUCAUCGCCCGCAUCCAGGCCGAUCCAGACUACCUUCCCCGCACAGAGAAUUUCGGGCUGGACUAUGAUGCUUUCCAGCACAUGGUGGGAGACUGUCCCCCAGACUUUCUGCAGCUCACCUUCAACUGCUGUAAUAUGGACCCCAAACUGCGCCCAUCCUUUGUGGAGAUUGGGAAGACCCUGGAGGAAAUUCUAAGCCACUUACAGGAAGAAGAUCAGGAGAGGGAUAGGAAGCUGCAGCCCACAGCCAAGGGACUCUUGGAGAAAACACCUGGGGUGAAGCGACUAAGCUCACUGGAUGACAAGAUCCCCCACAAGUCACCAUGCCCGAGACGUACCAUCUGGCUGUCUCGAAGCCAAUCAGACAUCUUUUCCCGAAAGCCCCCACGUACAGUGAGCGUCUUGGACCCAUACUACCGGCCACGAGAUGGUGCUGCCCGCACCCCCAAAGUCAACCCUUUUAGUGCUCGCCAGGACCUCAGGGGGGGCAAGAUCAAGUUUUUUGACCUGCCCAGCAAGUCUGUCAUCUCUCUGGUAUUUGACUUGGAUGCACCAGGGCCGGGAACUAUGCCCCUGGCUGACUGGCAGGAGCCCCUGGCCCCACCUAUUCGCCGGUGGCGUUCCUUGCCUGGUUCACCUGAGUUCUUGCAUCAAGAAGCUUGUCCAUUUGUGUGCCGGGAAGAAUCGCUAUCUGAUGGGCCCCCACCACGCCUAAGUAGUCUCAAGUACAGAGUAAAAGAGAUCCCACCAUUCCGGGCAUCUGCCCUACCAGCUGCUCAAGACCAUGAGGCUAUGGACUGCUCCAGUCUCCAGGAAGAAAACGGUUUUGGGUCCAGGCCCCAGGGGACCAGUCCAUGCUCUGCAGGUGCUUCUGAGGAGAUGGAGGUAGAAGAAAGGCCAGCAGGCUCAACUCCAGCUACCUUCUCCACCUCAGGCAUAGGCCUGCAGACCCAGGGAAAGCAGGAUGGGUGAGGGGAGUUUAGUUCCUGUCUAACCUUGGGGAUGGACCUUCAGCUGAAACCAUAUGGCCCCGUAAGUGCACAGCCUUGACUCUUCCCUGGAGCCCACAGAGCAGGCAGGCUAGGCCAAGCCAGGCUCAACUUCUGGGCUCCCAGUGCCCAUUGGCUGUGUAUGAUGGGGAGGCAGCAGUGAGAGGCCUUCCUAGUUAUGGCCAACAGCUGAUACCAAGCCUCUGAAAUCCAGCAAGGAGGUCUGCCUCCCACUGACCUCCCAGUGCACUUCCCUAGACAGGACCAGAGGAUGUCUAGUUCUAGGCUGGACUGGCAGGCAGCUAUUACCCUGGUUCUUUCCCCACCCCAGAUCUGUCUCUUGCCCUUUCUUGGGGCAUCUAAGCUACUGAGUGGAAUAUGGAGCUGACCAGGGGGCCAUAAUGGGCAUGGCUGUUUCCCAGACCUGAAGAUUGGGGUGCUUCUUGCCAGUAUGUCUAAGACACUUGAGUAAUUGCUGUUUGCACUGACUGCAUGGUCAGACCACGUCACUACAUUUCUAUGUAAGGGGAGGGUGAGGCAGCGUGGUGGUCAUGGCUCUUAGCUAACCUAUUCAAAGACCUUUUCCAGUUGAUUAAUCUAUUUUCAUAUUUAUAAAGAAGUCUUAAUGUUCUGCCCCGUAAGACUUUCAAACUUGUGGUUGGGAGUGGGGCUGGUUUUGUAGGCCCUAGGGCCUGCUUCUAUGUAUUUGUCAACAUGUGAUAUAUUCAUUUGGUUAAAUGGUUUAUACAUGGACUGAUUUUCUUCCCUUCCUGCUAUGGCUGGAGCUUUGGGAACAGUCUUUCCUUACAGAGCUGCAAUAAGAAAUAACCAAAGAUGAAGCUGGUCAAAUAUUUUCAUAACUUGCUUUUGUUGAUUUUUUUUUUUUUUUUUUUUUGCAAAACUUUCCCAAGACAUUUUCAGACUUAAAAAUAAAGUCGGUGUUACAGGUG